GGAACAACCAGUAUAGAAAAGCCGGAAGUCGAUUUUCCUUGAUUCGUUUCCGGAAAUAGCUUCUGUUCCUUUCCUGCUCCUCUAGGGUUCGCCUGAUCUCCGCAGAGGAAUCCCCGGUAGAACUGAGGAGGGCGAGUUCGAUGAAGUGUGGCGCGACCAGGCGGGUUCCCUGAGAAAAGCUCAUGUUUUUCUCUCAAUCGUGCAGGGAGGAGAUUCGCCGCCAACCUCCUCCCCUCGCGCUCUCAGUCAACGAAGUCUUUGACGACCUUUCCAUUGGCAAGAGUUUCUUUCUGUUCCUCCGCCUUACUUUCAGUGGGAUAGAGGCUGAGACACUGAUUUGUCCAAGGCUCACAGGGAUUUGUGUGUCAGAGACUGACCCUUAUGCCUGACCACACUGAUGUCAGCCUUCCCCCAGAUGACCGAGUCAGGGGUCUUAUUCAGAUGGGGAGUUGUGUGGAGGUGAAUGAAGAUGUCCCACCAAGGAGGUACUACCGUUCUGGGAUUGAAAUGAUCCGGAUGGCAACUAUCUAUUCUGAGGAAGGCAACAUUGAAAAUGCCUUUAUAUUGUACAACAAAUACAUCACGCUUUUCAUAGAGAAACUUCCAAAACAUCGGGAUUACAAAACUGCUGUCAUCCCAGAGAAAAAAGACACAGUGAAAAAGCUGAAAGAAGUUGCAUUUCCUAGAGCUGAGGAACUGAAGAAGGAGCUUUUAGAAAAAUAUAACAAAGAAUAUGCAGACUACAAUAUGCGGAAGAAGAAGCAGGAGGAGGAGUUUGCACGUAACUUGGCUCUGCAGCAGCAGUUGGAGGAGGAGAGGCAAAGGGUGGCCCUGAUGAAGCAGCAACAGGCAGAACAAGAACAGUUUCAUGCCUUCGAGGAGAUGAUCCGGCGCCAAGAGCUGGAGAAAGAGCGCCUGAAAAUUCUACAGCAGUUUGGAAAAACAGAGCCGGUCCCAGACUCCUUGGAGGGUCCCUUGAUUCCUGGAGUGGUCACCCCCCCAACUGAUGCAAAGACUCCCUGCCAUCCUGUGCAGCCUUCAAGCCCUGGAGGAGGAGCUGUGGUGCCAAAGCCCCCCGUUGUAGACAGGUCUCUGAAACCUGGAGCUUUAGGGAGCCCAGAAAGCCAUGCAACUAUAGAAGGACUUCGUCACAUUAUUGUUCCCAGGGAGCUCUGCCAUAAGUUUCUCCAGCUGGCUGAUGCAAACACUGCACGGGGCGUAGAAACCUGUGGGAUCCUUUGUGGGAAGCUGAUGAGGAAUGAAUUCACAAUAACCCACGUCAUUAUCCCCAAGCAAUACGGGGGCCCGGACUAUUGUAACACUGAGAAUGAAGAAGAGCUCUUCCUGAUCCAGGAUCAGUAUGGCCUUAUCACCCUGGGAUGGAUCCAUACUCAUCCCACCCAAACAGCUUUUCUGUCUAGUGUGGAUCUGCAUACACACUGCUCCUACCAAAUGAUGCUGCCAGAGUCCAUAGCUAUUGUUUGUUCUCCAAAAUACCAAGAGACAGGAUUCUUUAAAUUAACAGACCAUGGCAUGGAAGAGAUCUCUUCAUGUAGACAAAAAGGAUUCCAUCCCCACAGCAAAGAUCCCCCUCUCUUUACUAUCUGCAACCAUGUGACUGUCAUGGAGCGGGAAGUGACAGUACUGGACCUUCGAUAAAACAGAUGCCUUUUGCCUUUGACACCAGCUCGUUGUCCUCCUCCAAGUUAAUUUAUGGAAGAUUUUUCUCUAGUAACUUACAGUCCCCUCUGCGCAGCGAUUCCCAGUAUUAUUAGUAAUACCAGCUGUUAAUAUGUCAGAAAUUUUGCAGCUUCUUUGAUCUCUCACAGUUGUUAAAUAUUGGAGGAGAUGGGGAACAAUGAAUUCCUAAUUCUUUCUUAAACUGAAACUAACACUAAACUUUAUUUAAGCAGUGUCUGGUUGCUUACUGAUCAGCCAUGCACUCCAGCAUAUCGCAAAGCAAGAAGGCAGAACCCAGCAAACAAAUUAAAUAAUACUUAGAGGCUUUUUGCAAGACUCCAGCACAGAAAUCCUUCUGUUAGUCUUCCUUCCUCUAAAUGUCUCCAGUCAAGCUGCACACUCAGCCCUCCCCCAUUCGCAUUAUUGGAAGUCUGGGCUCUCCAGGUGAUGAACUAGUGUGCUGUAGUGAUUGGAGUGUUAAUCCUGGGAUCUGGAUGACCCAGGUUCAAAUGUGUCCUCUGCCAUGCAGCUCACUGGGGACAAUGGGCUGCUUGCUCUCUCAGCCACACCUACUUCACAGGGUUGCUGUGCCCACAAAAUGGGACAGGGUGAAAAAUACAUGCCACCAUGAACUCCUGCAAGGAAAGGCAGAUUAAAACGUACUAGGGAAGAUGAGUCUGGAGUUCUCAGCUUCACAAGGCUGUGUCAAGUACUCAGCCUUCCAUGAGCAGCUACACAGUAAUGUUUACAGUGGGAAGAAACAGUUCUGUAUGAAGACUAUAUGGUUGUUUACAUGCUAGCCUGACGUUUAUAAAAGUUGCAGAUGCUUUUUCAGACUUUUCAGUCUUUUGAAAAAAAAAUAAUCAAAGGAGGGGUUGCCUGAGUUUCUCCCACUGGUUUGUUGUUUCUGAAGUAGCGCAUUCACAUCACUUCAGGAAUGCUGCUGCUAUUGCAACUUAUUUGAAGUGAUUCCUGAGCUCAGUCUCCCCUCACCUCUUUUUGUCUUCUGCUGCUGCCCAGAUGGGUUUGCUCCUGUAUGCAUUUUACAUCCUUGCACUUGAUCCUUGGCAAGUGUCUAGAAGUUUGUGCUAGCCUUGAUGGGUGUUCAGUCCCCACCUCCUUGACCAAAGAUAGCUUCUGCAAAGCAAUGGUGUGCAACAGCUCUGGCUGUCUCUUGAUACUGAAGGUAUUAAUCCUCCCUGGUUCCUUUAUUCAUAUCUGUAUUGUUGCUGGAAGAGGAAAUCAUUGUGCUAGGAUUCUUUCUCACACAGUCCAGAGAGUCUCAAAUAUGCCAUCAUGUUUUCAGAUCUGCAGUUUUUAUCCUGUGAAGUAUAAAUGCAGUGAUAUUCAUAGUCCUUUUUCACCUUCUUUCUAGUAAUUACUUGAGACCUCCAAAAGUAGAUGCUGGCACUUACAGGACCUUUGUGUUUUAGAUCUGUUUUAUCUUUUAUCCAUUGUGAUACUUUGAUUAAGAGAAACUUCAGUGCCAAAGGUCUGAACACAUGAAACUGCCUUACACUAAAUAAAACCAUUGGUCCCUCAA